AGCGUCGCAGCGGCGCGCGACGGAAAAAGAAGAACGUCGCGAGCAACGCGCGCUUCUUCUCUCAGCGAGGGCUCCGUUCUGUGCUGAGAAAGGCGCCGCCGAGGAGGAAGGGAAGGCAGAUAAGGUGCGCGUAAUAUUCGGCAUGCGUGUGAUAUAGGCGUUUCUCAGCCGCACCGUGUUUGGUUCCCCAGGCCUCUAAGGACUAGAAACUUGAUUUUUAGAAGAAGAAGAAGAAGAGGCGACAACUUCGGCUGUGGUCUUAAACGCCUUAAGCGGGAUGGGGGAGGCCGAAGCCCCACUGAGGUCAAGGGUCUGUUAUGAAGCCUGAUGGGUUAAGCAGGGGCAGCGGCGUAGCGUGGGUUGUCAGCACCCGGGGCAAGGCAAGUAAUUUGCGCCCCCUAACCUGCCGUCGCUGCCAGCUUCUAGCUGCUGCCUGGUCUGGUCUGGUGUGGUUCUCUCCCGCGCUCAGCGCUGCGCUGGGGCCGCUGCACUGUCCCUCCCCCAGAUAGUCCCUCGCUCUCUCUCCGCACCGCAUGCCUGGCACCCACCCCCUCCACAGUGGGCGGCGACCCAGCGGCUCGGAUCGGAUUCGCACAGCCAGCACUGCAGUGAGAGAGAGUGAGUGAGCCAGGUAGGGGCAGAGAGUUGUGAGUGCGAGCGCGCCCCCCCCCACAGAUGUUGCGCCCAGUGCGGACGGCCCCCCCUGGCCCCCCCAUGCUACGCCACUGAGCAGGGGCACUUGAGUAAACUAGAAGGUACAAAUGAACUAGAAAUAAGGGCCAGGCGCUACUGUGAUGGACAGCUGUGGAGGUUGCUACAGGCGAGGUUCACAAUAAAAAUAAGCAAAUAAGCUGUCAAAAACACAAUAAGCAGGAAAACACGCUCACACUCCUACACUCCUUAUAUCUAUACUGAAUAGCUAGCAAAAUUCAGCAAUACAAAAAAAAACCAAACAAAAAAAACACACACACACACUUUCAGGAUAAAAACUGACCUUGCUAUACUUGUUUCAAAGGCUUUUCUUCUUUCCAGGGUCCGGCAACAUGGAUACAGAUCUGUAUGAUGAAUUUGGGAAUUAUAUUGGCCCAGAGCUUGAUUCUGAUGAUGAUGACGACGAGAUGGGUCGGGAUUCAAAGGAUCUAGAUGAGGUAUGGGGAUUAUGCUUCCUCUAAAUGUUAACUAUACUAAAGGCCACCCGAUGGUUUUAGUUAAGGCUGUUGGAUGAUUAAAUAUUUCAGUUAUUCAUUUGGUUAAGUAGUUAAUUUAAUUUUUUAGGAUCAUGGAAAAAAGGUGUCAUGUUCAUUCAAGGAAACUAGCCAUGUUUCACGGUCGCUGCAAAGGCAACUGGGUGUCCCAUGACACUUUGAAGUCCAACAGAUAAAUUGCACACGCAGGUCCCAUUUUACAAAUGCUCACUGUGCAAAAAUUCACUUACCCCAACACAAGGGAUUAGUACCCAAACCUGCCUAUAUGCACCACAGAUUUUGUGGUCGGGAACGCAUUAGAAAUUUUCCCGUAGAAAUCCAUGGAAAUCAUUAAUUCUUUAUGUGAACAUUCACCUAACAAUUUCCAGAGAACGCAUUGUGUUCAUGACGCAGGACCUGAGUGUAUGAACUUUUGCAAGCUUGAUGUUGCCAUCAUCAAGUGAUGAACAUGCACGUGGGAGCCAACCCCAAGUUCCAUAAUUGGGACUGCACUGGAUGGAAAUUGCUAGGGACCAGCUGAAGGCCCUUCAUUCUGUUUUCAGCUCGAUGAGGACGACGAUGAUGAUGACAUUGGAGACCACGAUGAUGACCACCCUGGGAUGGAUGUGGUACUGCAUGAGGAUAAGAAAUACUAUCCAACGGCUGAGGAGGUUUACGGUCCAGAGGUGGAGACCAUUGUGCAAGAGGAAGACACACAGCCUUUGACAGGUGAGAAAUUAUAGAACCAGCUUGUCAGGGAGAAGGCAGGAGUCUUCUGCAUAGCAUACUGGAUCAGCAGUCAUUCAGUUGAGCACCUAUCUGCAAUCUGAAAUGGGAAAGCCAAGAAACAAUUUUAUUUCCACUGGAUUGCUCCAUCUGUACUGUUUGCACCCAAUGACUGGAGGUAACUUUCCAAGAUCUUUCCAAACCUUAACAGAGACUUCGGUCACAGAUACCAGGAACUGAACCUGGGAUCAGGGACACGCAAAAAGUUUGUGUUUUGCUCCUUUUUUCUACUUGGCUGAGUGUUGAGGUAGGGCUUUUCUGCUUUUCUCUUUAAAGGGAUAUUAUUUCUUGUGUUUGUUUUCAGAGCCUAUUAUUAAACCCGUGAAGACCAAGAAAUUCUCCCUCAUGGAGCAAACAUUGCCAGUCACAGUGUAUGAGAUGGAGUGAGUAUAGCUUGUUUGUUCUCUUUUUCUCUCUUUCCCUGUGCAACUCCCUUCUGUUGGUACUUCUAGCUCUCUCACAUCUACAGACAAGCAGAGGAGGAGUUAGUAAUCAUGUUAUUCCUCUAAAUUUAUUCCCAAUUCUAUUUUGUAGCCUUGGGGCAUAUUAAAGGUAAAGGGACCCCUGACCAUUAGGUCCAGUCGUGGCCGACUCUGGGGUUGCGACGCUCAUCUCGCUUUAUUGGCCGAGGGAGCCGGUGUACAUCUUCCAGGUCAUGUGGCCAAGCAUGACUAAGCCGCAUCUGGCGAUACCACAGCAGCGCACGGAAACGCCGUUUACCUUCCCGCCAGAGCGGUACCUAUUUAUCUACUUGCACUUUUGGUGUGCUUUCGAACUGCUAGGUUGGCAGGAACAGGGACGAAGCAACAGUUAAUUCUCCUUACAGUCCAAAUAAUACAAAGUCUUAACCAGAUGUGUUUACUUAUUUCUCCACACACCCACUUACAAAAUUACCCCUCCAUCACAUAUAAACUCCUUCCAAUUACCAGUUCAAGGGUUGGGAACCUGAGGCCCUCCAGAUGUCAUUGAACUACAACUCCCAUCGUCUAUGACCAUUGGUGGCAGGGGCUCAUGAGAGUUGAAGUGCAACAGCAUCUGGAGGGCCAUAGGUUAAUGCUUCUAAAAUUCAGGAUAAACACCAUGUGGUCCUGUUGGUUCUCCCUCCCCUUUCCAGUGAUGUGGAAGAAGGGUUUGGAAAGGCAGAGCUGUGGAUUAAGCUUGAGAGGUGAAGGCAACUAAGAGUACUUUAAAAAGAUAGUGACUAUCAACUAAAAAUCAAAGUAGACUAUGAAAAGCUUUUUCAGUAUAUCAGAAGAUACUGGUGAUUUUGAUUUCUGUGGCAGGGAGGGGGUUGUAACUCAGAUAAAGAGAAUUAUUUUACGUUACUUGGCAGCGUGUAUAACUGAAAGCUUCCCUGUUCCUUUGGUCUUCUCUAGUUUCCUAGCAGACUUGAUGGACAACUCAGAGCUGAUUCGGAAUGUUACACUUUGUGGGCACCUGCAUCAUGGCAAGGUUAGCAUCAAUUAAUAUAUUUAAGGCAGCUCAGGAGUAGCUGUGGUCCAUUCCGUAGAUGUGGCAGAAUUCUGAUGUACUCACUCAGUACACGUGUGGUUCUUGUUUUUGAAUAAACUGGAUUCAGUGUAUGGUUCCCCAGGUUAAAGGUUUUAGAGUUCCUUGAGGCCCUUCCAAGACUUUGGGCCUCAGAGUUAGUUCUGUCUACAAGAUGCACCCCAGAGCAAUUCCUAACACACAUACUUCUCACCCUUAAGUUGCAGUUAUGCCGGAAUGGUGUCAUCAUUUUAGCUUGCUUACUGGUUUUUUGAAGCCAGGGCAGUCAAUUUAGAUAAACUAUUAGGGAGAGUCUGCAAGUGUUGCUGGCUUCUCAGUUGCCAGGUCUCUAUCCUAUCUUCUUUUGUUCACAUUUUUAUAAAACGGGAUGGGGUUGGUGGUAGAAUUUAUUAAUGUUUUUACUGGAUAUGGAAUAACGGUUGUUGAUAUAAUUGUGAGGAAAUUGCAAAAGUGCAUUGAUUGUAGUUCUGAAAUUGGGAUUGGGAGUUCGGAUUGGGAGUGGGAGAGAGGCAGAGAUGCAACAUCCUUAUGCUUCCUGGACUGGUCACAUUUAGCUAGCUAAUUCAUGCCUUGCCAAUUCAUUUCUUUUUGUUUCUCUGGCUCCUUCCAGACUUGCUUUGUGGAUUGCCUGGUUGAACAGACUCAUCCUGAGAUCAGAAAGCGUUAUGACCAGGAUGUAAGUUACCUUUAUACUUUGUUUUUAAUCCUUUAAGAGGUAGGUUUAUGAUGCUGUUGUCUAAAGAUUUAGAUGCAUAUGGGCUAACUGUCAGUUAAAGAGAUCUUAGUCGAUUCAUCAUGGGGUUUGUUUGUUUGAUUAAUAAAUCAAUUAAGUGUGCAUCAAUUUGUAUACAGUGGUACCUCUGGUUACAAACUUAAUUCAUUCCGGAGGUCCAUUCUUAACCUGAAACCAUUCUUAACCUGAGGUACCACUUCAGCUAAUGGGGCCUCCCGCUGCCGCUGCGCCACCAGCACACGAUUUCUGUUCUCAUCCUGGGGCAAAGUUCUUAACCCGAGGUACUACCAAGUUAGUGGAGUCUGUAACCCGAAGUGUUUGUAACCCGAGGUGCCACUGUACGUAUAUGUAAAAACAGUAGUUUUGAAGCAGAUUAAAGAUGAUGUGUCUUAUAAACUUAUCAAAAGAUGGAGUUUGUUUAUGCAUUUCUAGAACUCAAAACACCAGGAAAAUUAUCAGCCAUAUGCUUUGAUUAAAUUAAGUUGAAGUGAUUUGAAGUCUUCAUUUUUCUUUCUUCAUCCAUUAUUGAUUGCUUUACUGAUUGUUUAUUUAUUGUAUGCCUUUGUUGUUUUGUUUAGAAACCUAAACAUAUUACUUUAGUGUUUGUGUGUGUGUGUGUGUGUGUGUAUAUGUGUGUGUGUGUGUGUGUGUGUACACACACAAACACACACACAGAGCGCUUUUUCUGGGGGGAUGCAGGAGUAUGUAUACCCCUAAACAUUUUGUGAAUCCAAGUUUGGCCUCAUUGAGGGGCAGUAUUUCAAUAUGAGUAGGAAAAUGAGAGUAGCCCUAAACAUUUUUUUAGGAAAAAGCGCUCUGUGUGUGUGUGUGUGUAGAGAGAGAGAGGGAAAAAAAGAAAAAGAUGACGUGGAAGAACAUACUCCACCUUAAAUGAUCUGGCUGUUGAGUAAAUUUUUUUAUUGUUCCUUUCAGCUUUGCUAUACAGAUAUACUCUUCACUGAGCAAGAGGUAAGUAUAUCUGCUGCACAGACUUCUCAGCCAUUAUGAAAGUGCAAUGUGGGGGGAGAUACGGUACAAGGUGUUGCAGAGAGGUCUGAAAUGCAUGCACCAUGUGUGCUGGAUCUCUUGUUGUAUUGCUAGUGUCUCCAGUACUCACAGGAAAAAUCUUGAGCUUGUAUCCAGCUAUGUUCUGCUCAGUGUACAUCUUAUUAUUGAAAUUAUUACACCAAAGCUAGCAUUGCUCUUAAUUUCAGUGGGUGUAUUCCAACUAAGACUAAUGCCAGGUGCAAUCCUUUGUCUCUCUGCUUGAGUUUCUCAUAAUGUCAAGUUCCAUACCAGGUAACCAUUUCCCGUAGUUACAUGUCAGUAUUGUAGUCUGAGGAAUACAUACUGUUCUUGGUCAUGCCACUGUCAUGUGCCCUCUAUGCUGUGCCCUCUAAUGUCAUGGUCCACAUUUUCAGCCCAAACUCUCAACUUUCACCCCUCUCCCAUCUUGACCUUGGUUUCUUUUCAGAGAGGAGUUGGGAUCAAGAGCACGCCAGUGACCAUUGUUCUCCCAGACACAAAGGGCAAAUCAUUUCUCUUCAACAUCAUGGACACACCAGGUGAGUUUGGGUGUCUGGGAGACUCACCCCAUAACAUAAAAACUGGCAGGAAACACAGGAUAAGGUGUUUUUAAAAAGACUGUUUUCAAAAACAGGCUAACAAUGAUAUAGAGAAAUUUAUAUUAUGAAGAAGGUGCAAUAAUCUCAGCUGAUGCUUUUUGACCACACAUCUUUUUUGUCUUUUGCACAGCCUGAAGUGCUUAGUGAGGAAUAAAUUGCCAUUUGCAAGCCAGGUCCUUAUGUGAAUAGCCUCACGGUUGCCCUGGAAAUGGAGAAUUUAAGCAUACUUCAUUAUGAGCUGAAUUGUGGCCAACCCUUUAAACCACCCUCUCAAAUUUGACUGGCUUGGGCAGCUGUGUGGUUUUGGGGGUUUAGGUUUUUUGCACCAUUCCUUGUAAUCUUAGCUUGCUUUCAUUCCAGUUGAGGUUUCCAUUAUAGCAGCACUUACCCCCACUUACUAAAUUUAAUAGAACUGACUUCUGAGUACAGUAGACGGGCAUGGUUAGGAUUCUGCUGGAAGUAUGUCAGCUCAUAUUGAAUGCAGGAUCUGUACAUCAAGGGAGUUGCCUCCUCCUGCUCCCCAGUACCUGGCUAGAUUUGUGAUCCCCUGAAAAGGGGCGAGUAUUGGGUCGUCCAAGUCAUUGUUAUGAUGCCAGAACUCUCCUGUGGACUUCAGGUGCUGCAGGCUCUCUCCAUCCUCUACUUUUCUAUCAUGCUACACUUUCCCCUUGAACUCUGCCUUGAGCUGUCUCUUCCCUUGUCAUAGGGCUGUGCAAGAGAUAUUCCAGUUCACCUCCUUCUCUGUGAAGCACAUACUGCAACUUUCCACUUCUGGAUGAUUAUAAAUAUAUAUAUUUUCACUCCCUAAAGGUCAUGUAAACUUCUCCGACGAGGUCACAGCAGGUCUCCGCAUUUCUGAUGGUGUCGUACUCUUUAUUGAUGCUGCUGAGGGAGUGAGUAUAUGUGGGCACGCUUUUUGUGGGUUUGGCUAUUCUUUCCAUUCACACAAGGAGAUGUAUUGCACAGAAAGGUUGCAAUUAAGAGGAUUGCUUAUGAGAAGCUAGCACCUUUUACUAAGAAUCAGGGCCCCUGGGAUUCUGCACCAAGAAUCUGGAAGAAGCUGACAGAUUUUUAAACUGGAAUGCUGCCAGACAUAAAUUAUGAGAAUUCAGCAUGCUUCAGAUAUGAGAGGGAGGAAUUGUCCACAGAAGACAGGGAGCAAGUUCAAAUGCCAGGAAGGCUGAAUCAGGUUUUAGUUUAGAAAGUGAUGUGUGCAGUAGUGCAACACUUCAGCCAAGGAAAUUUUUGGGAUUUCCUUCUUUCAAGACCAGGCAUCUUUCAGAGGGGUCCUUAAGGCAUAGAAUAUCACAGUGAGGCUGCAGGCAGAGCUAGACAUGAAGAGAAGCUAUCUGGCAGCAGCUGCUUGUUGAUUGAGGCAUUUUCAAAGUAAAGGAAGGAUUGAACUCUGAUUAAUAAGAAUACACACAGAGGCUUGAACCAGCAAGACUCUGGGAAGGGUGCGUAUAAUCGUCUCUCUGUGCCUCUUUUUUCUGCAGCCCCUGGCCCAGGUAGUUUUAUUCACAAAAGAACUUUUUACAGAGUGUUCGUAAGAACCAAUCAGAUUUCUUCUGAGCAUUUCAACAAACCCACGUGGGGAGAAAGUUAAACCACCAUAACUAAUUCAGCACAGGGUAAACAAAGAACAGAACUACAAAGAAGAGCAUUUGGCAAUCCCGGAGGUGAUAAACAAGCAAUACAUAUGAUAAGGAGGAUGGCCAGGAGGACAACGAUCAUUAUCACCUUCAUGUGAGAUCUGUUUCCUGGCCCUAAGAUUAACACCCUGAGAUUAACAUAUAGAAAGCUACAUAAAAGAAACUUGCCCACUGUCUAUGAUGACCCAGGAGCCUGCCUGUCUAAGCAACUGGGCUAUGUACAUGACAUGUGAAGAGAGAAAUGGGCAGUAGAGGAAAUGGCCAGAGAUGCAGAGGCUUGUGGGAUUUGAUCAGAAAUUAUUGUCAAUGUAUCAAACCCAGUCAACACAAUGCAUUCAUCGUGGACACAAUGGCUUGAUGCAUAUUUUAUAAUUCCUCAUAGUAAACCCACCUGACCCCACAUUCUGGAUAUUUGCACUCCUACAUUGAUGAGGUUUCUUUGUUGUCUGGCUCUGGUUGGUGUUCUUUUUAAAGUAAUAGAAUCAUUAGUUGUUGUUGUUGUUGUUAAAGUUAAAGUGUGUUUAGUUUGUCCUGUUUUUCAGGGUUUCAUAUCCUUGAAAUUACGUAUUUGAUUUUAAUUUUCCUACUGAUUCUUUCAAAGAGUCUCCCCUCAAAACUCAUAACGAGCCACACGUUCUCAGUGUCCUCCCACUCCUACCCCAUUUCUGGUGUUGAAGAAAAACAGCUCUGUGUCUCCCCCACCCUUUAAAAAAAAAAAACUAAUAAGCAAACCACAUGACACGAUGUUAUUUUGCUUCAGGUUUCCCUGAAUUCGUAAGUAGCAGCCAUGGAGUAAAGAUGGGCAAAAUUCAAAAGUGUGGUGACAUCACACAACUUCCAUUUUUCUUUCUAGAUGCUACAGGGAGAAAGAUGUGAGGACUGUUUUUUGGUGGCCAUUGCCUAUCUCGUGCAAUGUUUGGUUCCAUCGUUUCCUACAGAUCACCAGCUGAGUCUCAGUGGAUCAGAGCACCUUUCACCAGCACAUGGACACAGUUAUCCAUGUCCUGGUAACUUCUAGUGGUGCGUGAUGAAGUUUUGUAGGACCAGUUAAUAGCACAAUGAAUACAUCCUUAGUUGGGCAACUUGUAUGUACUGCUGCCUGAUCAGGGUUGUUCUGAGUGAGGAAGGGAUGCCCCUCCCCUUUAGUAUCACUGAAGACUGAUAGCUCUCUCUGUUAACCAAGAGGGACUGCCCCAUCUCAGAUUGCCCCAUCCAAAGACUGCCCCCUUCUCUUUGCACUAGCACCAGUUUCCUCCAUUUUAAAGGGGUAUCUUCUGCUUCUCUCUGCAUUUAUGUGCUGCUGCACCAUAAAAUUUAAUCUUCCUCCCUCUCCUGUAUGUUCAUUUCCCCAUGUGAUUAAGAGCUUUAUUUUUGUCAAAGGUCAUUGGAUGGGGCAGGCUUAAAGGAAGACAAUGUUGCAUUAAACACAUUUUCUAAAAGCGGACCUCAUGCUGAUUGCUGAGCAUACACGCUCCUGCAGGCUGCUCUUCCAGCAGGGAAGGGUCAGCGCCCGAUUCCUCACGCCCCACCUGGCAUCAUCUUCUAUUGUGUGUCCCCGUAGGUCAUGCUCAACACCGAACGGUUGAUCAAGCAUGCAGUGCAGGAGAGGCUGGCAGUGACCGUGUGCAUUAACAAGAUUGACCGGCUGAUACUGGAACUGAAAUUGCCUCCUACUGACGCUUACUACAAGCUGCGGCACAUAGUGGAUGAAGUCAACGGCUUAAUCAGGUAUAGAAAUGCCAGCAUUUAUAACAUGCUUUUGAGAGUUAAGUUAGUUCCAUUGACACUCACCAUUGGAUAUAACCAUGGAUGCAAAGCCACACCCAGCUCACUCUAUAAGAAAGAGAGAGACCAACCAAAUUUGGGGAGUCUUACACCUAAUCCAUUUUUUAGGGAAUCCACAAUCUUUACCUCGAUUUAUAUUUGUGAACGUUAGAAGUCCCAGUGUUGGAUAUAGGUAAAAGUCUACUGAAGUAUAGGCACCUAACCUCCAUGAAAUUUAAACUUUCAUUUCUUCCCCAUCACUCCUUAAAGGGGAAUUAUAAUUGUGCCAAAGUUUUUGUUCUCUCUGCUUAACUGGCAGACCUAAUUCAUUCAAUCAUUUAAAGAAUUGGUGUUUUUUUUAUAACUAUCAAACAUGUAUUUACAUUUAAUCGAUUAAUUGUAAAUGUCAAUGCUGGAGUAUCCCUGGUGUGUCAGAAUUCUUGUUAGACUUCAUAAAUGAAGUUUUCUGAAAUGCUUUGUUAUUGUAGCAGCUGAAACUGCUGCCUUUCCCUUUGUGUGUGUCUUGAUAGCAGUGCUGCCUGGUUCUGUCUUAUUUUAAAACCACUUCUUUGUUUGCAGCAUGUAUUCCACAGAUGAGAAUCUGAUUCUUUCACCACUCCUGGGCAACGUCUGUUUUGCCAGCUCCCAGUACAGCAUCUGUUUCACGCUGGGUUCUUUUGCCAAGAUCUAUGCUGACAUGUACGGUAAGCAUUAGCCAAAAUGUUCGUGUGCAUGUCAGGGGACACCUUGGCUCUUGACUCCUUCUGAAAGGUUCACACAACCUUGCAGUGAGGAUGUGUCUGCUAUGUUUGUAGCCUUUUCUGCAUUGAAAAUCAUCUGUGCUUUUUCUGUAUGCAACUUAUCUUUGCCAGUUCUCAAGGUUUCCAUCACGUUCUAGGGGAGUGCUGGGGCUCUGCAAAUGGCUGGAGGCAUCAGAGGCAGAGAUCUGGUUUGUUUGCCACUUCAGUGAUGUCCCGGGGUGCACCACUUUCUCCCAUGUAACUAAAUGCUUGCCAUUCACUCCUCCUUAGUCGUAACUGAGACUGUAUUGCCUGCUGUGAUCUGCUUUACAUGCAGCUUAUAAGAUAGCAAUGCAGUUUAGUUAAGAAUCUAUCCGUCUCUUGAUGAAAAGCCUAUGUAUAAAUGCUGUAUAAAUGUUAGUCCCUUGACUUGGAGCACGCUCCCCAUCUCUUUUGAGCCGGUGGGCAGAGAUGGAUCAAGUGUUGUGAGGACUCCUGGGGGGGCAUUGUUGUUGCGCCACAUAGAUCAUACCUUCAUCAAGUCCUUCUCAGUGGAUGCUGUUAGGACUAAGAUGGCGAGGAGAGGUUAGACGAGCUUCGCGCCUGCCAUGAAGGUCUUCCAAGGGCAGUGCUUUAUUUUUCCUAAAGGCGAGAGUGGCAGACAUUUGCUUAUAUGGGAAACUGUAAGGUCAGGACACAUUUGGAAUGGGGGUAAUGGUGUCAUCUGUCCUUUAUGGCCAUAGAGUUUUGUAGGGACAUAUUUUGCUCCUCCCCCUCAAGUUGCUGAUUUUACCCCAAUUAACUUAUGCUAUACGAUUCGAUGGGAACCUGGCAUGCUUGAAUUGGAUGGCCAUUAUGUUCUGAUAAUGCAUUUUAUGAAUUUUUGUACACCAGCUUGAAGGCAGUAUUUAAAUAGGUAGCCAUAAAUGAAAUAAUAAUUGAGAGCAGAGCUAUUUAUGUUUGCAUUAUCCCACCCAUUUAUAUAGUUUCAUGUUGUGUUCCUAUAAUUUCCUUAGUCAGAUUCAAGUGAUAUUUAUUUAUUUUUUAAGGAACUGGUUAGCGUACAUAUAGUUGUAGCUGCAGUGAUUCACUGCCCUCAUUGUUCUAGUUUGCAUUCUAAUUAAUUGCUUCUUUUUGCAACAUGAGCAUAUCCAGGGCAGGUCCAAGCUGGGUACACAAUGGAAGGAAUUAUGCAGCUUUAAAGGAAACUGGUUGAAGAUAAAACUGUCAGUCUGACUCUCAAAAUUCACUAUAUGCUUUAAAUCAUGUGAAAAAUAGGCCACAAAAGCUGUAUAAACUGGACCUUCUGUUCAUUUUAGGAGACAUCAAUUACCAGGAGUUUGCAAAGCGCCUUUGGGGAGACAUCUACUUCAACCCCAAGACGUAAGGAGCUCUUGCUUUUUAUUCUUAAUUCAUUGUCCUUUUCCAUUGCAGCUUUACCUAAACCAUGUAAAUUAGCAACCCAAAAAUAGCAACUAUCUUACGCAUACCAAAUGCUGAGAUAAAAGACAGAAAGUAAGUCAGAUGUUUUCUCUUUGGUGUAAGGAUAUUGUAGAGUUCCGUUAACAUCAGCCCACUGUUCCGAGGUGAGUCAACACCUCCCAGGUGUGCAGAAUAAUAUUUAAACCAAGUAAUGUCAUGUGUAGAAAAAAGGUGGACUGAGAAAAUAACUCUGGAUUGUUCCAGGAAGCAAGCCAAGUUGCGUGCUACUGAAAAAAAGCUUCCAUAUCCCAAAUAUGGCAGUCUCCUAACCCUGAGUGUAACUCAUCUACGUAGUCAUCCCAAGAGAAAAAAUAUAGAUGCAGUUUCAUACUACCCAACAUCUAGAUUCAGGUAGAGGAAUGUAGAGCAAAAAAAUGGCACUUCUAGUAGUAAUAAUUCAUAUUCGUCCCAAGGUUUCUACGCCUCAUGGUUGGGAGAAUGAAAAUGUGCACACACAUGCUUUUUUCCAGUUUACCUCUCCUGGUCCGUGAUUAGAAAUUUUCUCAAGCGUGCAGAUAAUGGCCACUGGGAAAGGCUUUUUUGACUAGUCUUUAGAAGCACUUAGGUGUUGACCUUGUGUGUUUUUUUAGGAGAAAAUUCACCAAAAAAGCCCCAACCAGUAGUUCACAGCGGAGCUUUGUGGAAUUCAUCCUUGAGCCUCUCUACAAGAUACUAGCUCAGGUACGUUUUGGAUUCCCAUGGAUGGAUGGUUGGAUGGAUGGAUGGAUGGAUGGAUAACCCCUGACUGUGAAUACACGCAUACACAGAGUAUUUAUCCAAGAAAAUAUAGCUAGAAUAAGAGAAAUUAUUAUUAUUAUUAUUUAUUUUAUUUUAUUUUGACAAAGUAAUAAUAAUAAAUAAAUAAGAAUAAAAAUUGUAACUAUCCAACCUCCCAAAAUUUCAACACCUCUUGCGAUGGUUUCACCCCUUUCCAUUUUAACAGUACAAACACCCUCCAUAUCUCCUCAAAAUCAUUUCUCCUGCAUAUUCCCCAUCUUGCCUUAAUAAUAAUAAUAAUAAUAAUAAUAAUAAUAAUAAUAAUUUAUUUAUUCCCCGCCCAUCUGGCUGGGUUUCCCCAGCCACUCUGGGUGGCUUCCAACUGAAUAUAAAAAUAAAAUAUUAAUGGCAAAUGUUAAUUUAUCAUUAAUAGCUAUAUCCCACACCUCUUUAUACCAUUCUUCCAUUUUGUAUUCUGCUUGCCCCUUCCACUUCCUAGCUAUAAUAUUUUGUGCAGCUGUCAAUAAAUUUGUGAGCAAGUCCUUCACAGCCUGCGAAUCUUCUACCCCAUCGUAAAUGGAUAACAAUGCUACCCCUGGUCUUUCGGUUAGCUUUAACCUAGUGAUUUCUGUUAUCUCCUUAAACACCCUUUGCCAAAAAAUGUACAUAUUUACACCAGUUUUAUUUUUUAAGGCAGAGAUUUAAACAAAUGCUAAAAAAAGCUUUUUUAAAAAAAGUUAAGCCGCUCCUGGUCUGGAACCUUCUCUGCUUCGAUCUUCCGCCUGCUCACUUCCUCGCUUCUCCCCAGGUUGUUGGGGACGUUGACACCACCCUGCCCCGGACUCUGGAUGAACUGGGGAUCCACCUGACCAAAGAAGAGUUGAAACUCAACAUCCGCCCCCUCUUGAGGCUCGUCUGCAAGAAGUUUUUUGGGGAGUUUACAGGUAGGCUUCAUCGUCCUUCUCUUUUCUCGCAGUGUGGUUUAUCUCCUUGCCAAAGAGGACUGCCAAAUGUGUGUGUUGAAGCAAGCUACCUCUGGCUGAGGGAUUUUGAGGAAACCCCUUUUUUGGCGUUGAGUGUCAGUGCUGCAUUGCAAUUUAACAAUAAUAAUAAUAAUAAUAAUAAUAAAUAAUAAAUUUUUAUUUAUAUCCCACUCUCCCCAGCCGAAGCCGGGCUCAGAGCGGCUAACAACAGUAAAAAUAACACAGUUUAAAUAAAAUCACAAUCAUUUAAUUGAAAUUCAUUCUAAAAUCAAUUCAUUCUAAAAUCAAUUCAUUCUAAAAUCAAUUCAGAGUCAAAUUAAUGCAACCAUUGGGCUAGAGUUCUAUGAGGAUUACAGAAGGAGGGGGUCAGACUGUCCCUUGGCCAAAGGCCUGGUGGAACAGCUUUGUCUUGCAGGCCCUGCGGAAAGAUGUAAAGUCCCACAGGGCCCUAGUUCUCUUGUGACAGAGCGUUCCACCAGAUCGGGGCCACAGCCGAAAAAGCCCUGGCUCUGGUUGAGGCCAGCCUAACCUCCCUGGGCCCAGGAUCUCCCAAGAUGUUUUUAUUUGAAGACCGUAAGGUCCUCCGUGGGACAUACCAGGAGAGGCGGUCCCGUAGGUACGAGGGUCCUAGGCCGUAUAGGGCUUUAAAGGAUAAAACCAGCACCUUAAACCUGAUCCUGUACUCCACUGGGAGCCAGUGCAGCUGGUAUAGCACCGAGUGAAUGUGAUCCCGCGGCGAGGACCCUGUAAGGAGUCUUGCCACGGCGUUCUGCACUCGUUACAAUAAUCAAGUCUGGAGGUGACCAUCACGUGGAUCACAGUGACUAGGUCAGGGUGAGAAAGACUGGCCUUUUUUAUUCAAGACAAUAUUAACCCAGAAGAGGGUGGUCUAGUGUAUCAAUCUAGGACUGGGAAGACCUAAGCUCAAAUACCCAUUUGGUUGUGAAGUUUGCUGGGUGACCUUGGGCUAGUGGCUACCUCACAGGGCUAUUGUGAGGGUAAAGUCAGGACAUCUUGGCUCUUGACUCGUUCUGAAAGACUUAUGUGUAUUGUGAAACCCAACCUUGCUUUAUGAGCAUCUUGGAGGAGGGUAAGAUAAAAGGAUCUUGGGAGUGCAGCCAUUGUGUUUGUUUCACAUUUGCUUCACCCUCCUGCUUGUGAGUCUUAAUGGAAACGUAAGGACUGGAGAAGGAUGCUAGAGAGAGUUUCAUACCAGUAGCAAUGAGUUCCACCGGCUAAUUAUAAGUUAUGAGAAAUGGUAUUUCCAUUUAGUCUGCCUUUAUACUUGCUGUACCUCAGCUACAGUGGAUGAUGCUACGUUUUUGUAUUUUGGGUGAGAAUGAUUAAUUUAUAAAUCCUCUCACUUGUGUUGUUUGAUCUUGGGGAGACAGCAGGAGGAAUCCAUGUGUCAAGAGCCGCUAGCUUAGUUCAAGAAGAGUUGGAAGAUAUCUGUAAUGGUUCUAGGGGUUGCUCGUGCGUAAGCCGGUGCUUAUCUCCCCGGCUGGGUGCAAACACCUGGCUGGGUUGCCAAAGUGAACCUUUUCUGUCCGGACAGCCGCUCACCCGUGGCUGUCUCAAUCGCUGGCAGAAUCCGUCAGUGGGCGUUUCUUAAACUUCUUCCAGCAAAGAAGCUCUUUGACGCCUAGUCUCCUCCUACUUUCUCUGCACGAAAGCCUUCUGCGCAAGGAGGGCGUGGGCAACGGAGGACCCCUACUCUACCCGCUGGUCCCAGGCAAGGAGUCAUGGGACCGCCUCGCCGCUUCCCCCAUCUGCCCCCCUUCUCCACUGGUGCUACGCAGAUUCUCUUCCCCAGAAGAUGGGCUGCUUCUCCCGAUCCCUGGACGCUCUCUGGAAUCCCUCUGGCUUUUGCUCUCUCCCUCCGGCACUGAUGGCAGUUCCCUGACAAUAUCAGUUUUGUCUGGCCUUAUCCGUCACAGCUGCAGACCUGUGUUUUUCAGAGCGCAUGGUCAGCAUGCUGCGUGAACAGAAAGCACACGCUAGAACAAAUUCCAGCGUUUAAGGCUUAAGACGAAUCAAUGUGGAAAGUGUUCCUUACAGGUACAAAGUUGAAGCCAGGUGAAGGUGAAAACUAACACAGGCUUCCUCUUCCUGAAAAUCAUGCCAGUGUGGUGUAGUGGUUAAGAGCGGUAGUCUUGUAAUCUGGGGAACCGGGUUCGCGUCUCCGCUCCUCCACAUGCAGCUGCUGGGUGACCUUCGGCCAGUCACACUUCUUUGAAGUCUCUCAGCCCCACUCACCUCACAGAGUGUUUGUUGUGGGGGAGGAAGGGAAAGGAGAAUGUUAGCCGCUUUGAGGCUCCUUAAAGGAAGUGAAAGGUGGGAUAUCAAAUCCAAACUCUUCUUCUUCAGUUUUUGAACUGCUGCCUCACCCAGUUUUGUUCUCCCAGGCUUUGUGGACAUGUGCGUGCAUCACAUCCCCUCCCCAAAAGCGGGCGCAAAGACCAAGAUUGAGCACAACUACACAGGCGGAGUUGACUCGGACCUGGGAGAGGCCAUGAGCGAAUGUGACCCUGAUGUAAGACUUCCGUCUAACUCUCUUUCUUUGUUAAUGGUAGUAAGCCUGGCUGCAUGAUUCUGAGCAGGAGAGGGCAAGCUCCAUCCCUUCAGGUGUUGCUGAACUACAAGUCCCAUCAUCCCCGGCCAUUGUUUCCUAGGGCUGAUGGGGGUUGUGGUUCAGCGACAUCUGGAGAGCCAAAGGUCCCCCAGUCCUGUUGUGGAUGAAGGGCUUCAUUUGGCAAGUCCUGCUAGUGGACUUCCCACAGACUGGCUGCGGUGAGAACAGGAUGCAGAACUGGAUAGGCCAUUGGCCUGAUCCAACAGGCUGUUCUUGUGGCAGUAAGAAAAGGAAGUUUGGUAUUAAAUCAGAACUUGGCUCUACAGUGGUACCUCUAGAUACAAACGGGAUCCGUUCCGGAGCCCCGUUCGCAUCUAGAGCUAAACAUAACUAGCGAUGGCACGUCUGCGCAUGCGCAAGCGGCGAAACCCGGAAGUAACGCACUCCGUUACUUCCGGGUUGCCAAGGAGCGCAACUCGAACGCGCUCAACUCGAAGCAUAUUUAACCCGAGGUAUGACUGUACUUAUGGGACGCGGGUGGCGCUGUGGGUUAAACCACAGAGCCUAGGACUUGCCGAUCAGAAGGUCGGCGGUUCGAACCCCCGCAACAGGGUGAGCUCCCGUUGUUCAGUCCCAGCUCCUGCCAACCUAGCCGUUCGAAAGCACGUCAAAGUGCAAGUAGGUACCACUCCAGCGGGAAGGUAAACGGCGUUUCCGUGCGCUGCUCUGGUUCGCCAGAAGCUGCUAAGUCAUGCUGGCCACCCGACCUGGAAGCUGUACGCCAGCUCCCUCGGCCAAUAAAGUGAGAUGAGCGUCGCAACCCCAGAGUCGGUCACGACUGGACCUAAUGGUCAGGGGUCCUUUACUAUGACUUUACUUGGAAGCAGUGUUCUGUAAGUCUGUUUUGAUUUGAUGGUUUGUCCAUCACUUUGUAGAUUAUUAUUUUUUUAAGUUAUGCUGUUGCUUAGGUUCUAUCACCUAACCCAUAUUACAGUCGUACCUCGGAAGUCGAAUGUUUUGGUUCCUGAACGCCGCAAUCCCGGAAGUGAUUGUUCCGGUUUGCGGACGUUCUUUAGAACCCAAACGUCCAUUGCUGCUUCUACGGCUUCUGAUUGGCUGCAGGAGCUUCCUUGGAAGCCGCGCCUUGGUUCCCAAAUGUUUUGGAAGUCGAACAGACUUCCGGAACGGAUUCUGUUCGACUUCCAAGGUACGACUGUAUAAUUGUAUACUUUAUGUACCACUCUUUGCACAACCUGUGUGUAUGCGAACGAAUCUCCACUCAGUGGCCACUGUCACAUGGGGAAUUUUCAACGUGUUCCCACGCUGCAUUUAUAACAUGUAUGUAAACUGUUUCUAAGAAUGAUCUGUGAUGAAAUUGACUAAGAGCACCCACAUGGGAGGGGUGGCCAAACAUUGAAGUUUUAUUUGUCAGCCACCCAAGCUAGUGGGUCAGAGAAACAGCAGACGCCUGAAGGGAGUGCACUUUGAGCUUAAACCCUAUUUAACUGUCAUGGCUGCGCCAAGAAUAGAUUUUGUAAAUUCUGUCAGGGAGCUAAGUGUCUUAGGUCAAGCUUGAUGUGAUGGCAGCAGCCACCCUUGAUCGUUCAUGCCUUUGCCUCCUUCGUGGGUGAGCUGCAGUAGGCACUGACCUCAAAAGGCCGCACAAAAGAUGAGAGCGGAACUUGGUGAAGUUGCUUCCCUGGGCCUGAGUUUGGAAUUGGAGCUAGGCUGAAAGGAAAAACAGGCGGGCAGUGAAAUCGUGGGAUCUCGCUCUCCUCAACAUGUGUCCUUUAAGGUAAAACAAGACCUAUCCCUUGCCCACUUGAUAGGGGAACAGGUCUGACUUAUGAAUAACAAGCAUUAACUGCUGCCAUUACAUCUGUCUGUCUUAUGUGUUUGAUGUACAACCAUUUGAGACACCUGUAACAGCUCCUAUGUUUCUUUGGAGACCCCAGUGCCUUCUACACCCAACUCACAAUGCCAUAGGUUUGUUAUUACAGUGGUACCUCAGGUUAAGUACUUAAUUCGUUCCGGAGGUCCGUUCUUAACCUGAAACUGUUCUUAACCUGAAGCACCACUUUAGCUAAUGGGGCCUCCUGCUGCUGCCACGCCGCCGGAGCACGAUUUCUGUUCUCAUCCUGAAGCAAAGUUCUUAACCCGAGGUACUAUUUCUGGGUUAGCGGAGUCUGUAACCCGAAGCGUAUGUAACCUGAGGUACCACUGUAUAUGAGUCCAUAGAAUAAUGAACUUAAUGGGUUUGGCCCAGGUGUUCCCUCAGCCCAGUAUUGGCAGCCUCAUCUUGGACAGCAGUGUCUGGAUUUGGUCGCUCAAAUUUCCAGGACUCAAAUCCAAAAAGCAGCUGUUUUUCCUCUGGACCGUGGCCACUGUUUUCAUACACCUUUGUCUGUAUCCGUGGUGCACGAAGGCUGAUCUUUGUCAAAACCUUUUGUCUGGAAGGGCCCGCUUAUGUGCCACACCACAAAGAUGUACAGUACGGACGACGGGGUCCAGUUCCAUGCUUUCGGCAGGGUGCUGAGUGGGACCAUCCACGCGGGGCAGCCUGUCAAGGUCCUUGGGGAAAACUACACCCUGGAAGAUGAGGAGGACUCGCAGAUUUGCACGGUGGGGCGCCUCUGGAUCUCUGUAGCAAGGUAGGCGGUUCUGGGGAAGGCUUUACGCGGGAUCCCUGCUUUGCAUUCUCCAUGCAGGUUGGGGUGGCAGGUGCAGUGUGAAACCCAACAAACAACACAAGCAACACGAUGACCAGUAUGCUAGAUAGCACUGCAAUUCUUAUUGCAUAAUAUACGUGAUUUAGUACAACAAGAACAAAAUGUGUACGCUUGUAAAUUCUCUAAUAUAUUUCAAAUCAAAUGAACAUACGUCUGACAAUCUUUGAAAGUCUGUAGAAGUAUAAUAAGUCUAUAAUUGAAGCAAAGUAAUAGAUGCUAUCCUGUGGGCUAAGCGGUAAAACUUUUUAGGCGUUUAUGGUGCCGAAGUAGUAAGUGAAUAACAAUGUUAUUACAUAUCCUUAUGACCACUGCUUCUUGUGCAUUUUUCUAACCUGUGGGUUGUGCUGAAGAAGAUUCCAGCAAAACAGUCAAAUUAUCCGGGAUCACUGUCCUACGUUGUUAUUCACUUACACUUUGGCACCAUGAACGCCUAAAAAGUUUUAUCACUUAGCCCACAGGAUAGCAUCUAUUACUUUGUUUCAACUAUAGACUGUUUAUACUUCUACAGACUUUCAAAGAUUGUCAGACGUGUGUUCAUUUGAUUUCAAAUAUAUUAGAGAAUUUACAAGUGUACACAUUUUGUUUUAGUUGUACUAAAUUAUGUAUAUUAUGCAAUAAGAAUUGCAGUGCUAUCUAGCAUACUGGUCAUCGUGUUGCUUGUGUUGUUUGUUGUGUUAAGUUUGCAACACAGGGGUUUGUUGUUCUGUAGCAGUGUGAAACCCAGCACACAGUCUGGGAUUUCUGCUGUUGUUGAAAGUACAGUGGUGCCCCGCAAGACGAAUGCCUCGCAAGACAAAAAACUCACUAGACGAAAGGGUUUUUCGGUUUUGCGUUGCUUCGCUAGACGAAUUUCCCUAUGGGCUUGCUUCGCAAGACGAAAAAGUCUUGUGCUUUUUUUUUAAAGCCGCUUGAAGAGGCGCAGUUGCGACGGACCGUGCUUCGCAAGACGAAAAACAUCGCAAGACGAAAAGACUCGCAGAACGAAUUCUUUUCGUCUUGCGAGGCACCACUGUAGCUGCAGAGUGUGGGAGAGCACAGGUUGUGUGAUGGGCUUGACCACCAGUAGUCAGGAGCUGUGCUGCUUUUGGGGCUAGCAUGGUUUGUGGUGCCCACGACGCUUUCCCCUUGUCUCUUCUCUCUACAUGGCUGGCCUGCAUCUUGAGUGGUUUCCCACUUUCUGACAAACUGUUCAGACACACACACAAUGUGCAGAAGUCACAGUUAUGGACAGCCAAGAACAGUGUAUUCCUUGGAUGGGAAGCAUGACUUUUUCAAAGGUGUAAAGAAGUCAUGUGUAUUAUGGGCUGUCCCGUGAAUCCGCUGGAUGACAUCGCGGAAGAACGUUGCCUCAGGAGAGUGAGGAAAAUUCUCAGGGAUGACUCACACCCUGGCCGGCACUUUCUUGAUCUCCUGCCCUCGGGCAGAAGAUAUAGAAGCAUGAUUAGUCACACCAACAGGGUAAAGAACAGCUUCUAUCCGUGGGCUGUUAGGCUGCUGAAUGAAAAUAUAACAACAGGGCAACUGACUUCCAGGUUUGGUGGGUGUGCGUCAGUAAACGAGGGGAAAUUAAGACUAAAAGAGCUGAGUGGGGGGUGCUUGUGUAAUCUCACUGUAUACAAGUUGUGCAAGUGACAAUAAAGUAUUUCAAUUUCAAUUCAAUGUGUCUUAUUUCAGGUAUCACAUAGAGGUGAACAGAGUCCCUGCUGGCAACUGGGUGCUCAUCGAGGGAGUGGACCAGCCUAUUGUGAAGACAGCCACCAUCACUGAGCCCAGAGGCAAUGAAGAGGUAAAGCAGCCGUCAUCAACAUCUCCCUUGUCUUGUGGGCAAUGGAAAUAGAUAUGAGAACAGCAUGGUGCCUGCCCUCUGCAGCAGACCAAUGUGGCAUUCUGUGCAUUGACACUGUCUCCUUGCCUGUUCUUCCAUCCAGUCUGUUUUAGCCAAAUAAUAUAAAAGGCUCCUCCUCAGCUGUGUGUGUAUGUAUCGGCCAGCUUCAGGUGUGCUUUAAGUGUUGAGUAGACCAGGACCUUAAGAAUCUAUACGUAAUUUGUUUUUCUAGUUUGUUCUUGUGCUGGCAUAGAGCUGGUUAAAACAUAAUUUCAGGUUACUAAAUCAUGGUUUAUUAAGCAGAGAACAAGUGUUGGGCCCACACACUCCUCCUCCCUCAUUCCAGCUUCUGUUGUGGUUUGUUUAAACCAUGGUUCAUCUGAACUGGGAAAUUGUGAUUUAAUCUCUGUUUGCUAACCAGCAUAUGAAACCAAAAUUCUCUUAUUUUUACCAUAGAGGAUCACUGCCACAGUCUGCCACUUGGAGCUCUUUGGAAGAAAGGCAGAACACAGUUACUGAUUAUGGUUAUGAUAAUUAUCUUCUUGUUCUAUUUCAGGCUCAGAUCUUCCGCCCUUUGAAAUUCAACACCACAUCUGUCAUUAAAAUAGCUGUUGAGCCUGUCAACCCCUCUGAGCUCCCCAAGAUGCUAGACGGUCUGCGUAAGGUUAAUAAGAGCUACCCGUCUCUCACCACCAAGGUGUGUGCGAUUGCUUUGGAUGGGUGGGAUGGAGAGGCAGUAGGAACAGGGAGCAGACUGCAACUUUCCUUCUCCACACUAUCAAGUCCCCUUUAGGGCAGAAUUCUAGGCAAUCAGAAAACCUCCUGGGGCAAGGUUUUAAAAAGCACAGCUUUGAGGCGUGUGCCAAUGACAAGGGUACCUGGGAGGCCAGAUUCGUGGCAGGAGCUCAAGGCUCUGUUUCAUUUCAUUUCUUUUUUAUUGGUAGGUCUUUGCUGAGAUGUGCUUUUUACACUUCUGCUGUAUGGCAAAGUCGAAAAGCGGGAUGUGCUUUGUAUAGGUGCCUCAAAAUGUACCGUAUUUUUUGCUCUAUAAGACUCACUUUUUCACUCCUAAAAAGUAAGGGGGAAUGUGUGUGCGUCUUAUGGAGCGAAUGCAGGCUGCGCAGCUAUCCCAGAAGCCAGAACAGCAAGAGGGAUUGCUGCUUUCACUGCGCAGCGAUACCUCUUGCUGUUCUGGCUUCUGAGAUUCAGAAUAUUUUUUUUCCUCCUCCAAAAAGUAGGUGCGUCUUGUGGUCUGGUGCGUCUUAUAUAGAGCGAAAAAUACGGUAGUUACAGCGACAAUGUGAGAAACAGCAAUACUCAUGGGUUGUGGGCAUUAAGUUUGAGUGUAUUACUUGGCGUGUGUUUCCUUGUGCACUGAUUCUGUCUUAAAUACACAUUAUCAGUUGCUGGUUGCCAUUGGGGGUGGGGGCUAGGGAUUCGGGGCUGUUCUCCUUAGGGCCUGGCUUUUUCUACACUCGGAAAAGAUGGCUGUGAUAUUCCUUGUUUGUUCCCAGCAUCCAGCACUCUGAUCUACCCCAAAAGGUUCAGUCGAGCCUUCAUAUUCUGCUGUACGUUCCAGCUGCUAAUGCAGCCCAUAUGAAGUUCUGAAUGGUUGUCGGUUUUGUUAAGCUUAUCUUGUUCAUGUGCCUCCAGGUGGAAGAAUCUGGGGAACACGUGAUCUUGGGAACAGGCGAGCUGUAUCUUGACUGUGUAAUGCACGAUCUGCGAAAAAUGUAUUCGGAGAUUGAUAUCAAGGUACAAAAAAGAUUCUCUUCCUAACUCUGAUAUGUUGAUUUGGGGGGUGGGUGGCGUUUUCUACUUCAUCUUGGUUUGCCCAUCUGAAUUGAACAAGGGAGGCUGGGUCCAUCACUCAGUUUUUUUUAUCACCUCUACCCCAUUCUUCUAUUCACUUUUCAAAGGUAGCUGACCCUGUUGUCACAUUCUGCGAGACGGUUGUGGAAACCUCUUCCCUGAAGUGUUUUGCUGAGACGCCCAAUAAAAAGUAAGAUCUUUGAUGAGAGUCUUAAAAUGCGAGCCACGGGUGUGGUGCUAUUACAAAACAAGCUAAGGCACCAUCUUGCACUGAAUGAACUGGCUUAGCCCUUGGGCAGCCAGAGUUGGAUAUACUGUGUUUAAAAAGUUUCACGUAACCUGGGAGGGAGCAUGACAUGAUAGCCACUUGAAAUUCCCUCCAGUGGCAAUUGUUUUCAAUUCAGCAAGCUGUUCAUAUUAUCCCUACGGGUUGGGAUAUUUUCUUUAUGCUGCCAUAGGCAAUUUUUCCAGAAGCAGAAGAAGAUGUAUAAUUUUGCCUAGAAGGAAAGCAAGCAUUUUGUUUAUGUCUGCAGGCCUUUAUUGCUUGCAGUUGCUAUUUUGAACGAAUUUGCUCCUUUCAGACUAAACUGCAGAGGCAGGAGAUGCAGUAGAACAAGGUGGGACCUGUUGGGUAGAACCCCAUUGGAAAAUAAACCCUGGAAUGGGAGAAGGGAGCCUGUGGCCCUCCAGAUAUCAUUAGACUAUGACUCCCAUCAUCCCUGACAGUUGGCUUUGCUAGCUGGGGCUGAUGGAGUUCGGAGUUCAACACCUGGAGGGCUAUAGGUUCCCUACUCUUGCCCUAGAGAGCAGAUGAUUAAGAGAAGAUAUAUUGGCCCUCUUCAGUUCUUUAAAGGAUCUUGAGUUGAAGAGGGGCAACAACUGUUCACCCUUAUCCCCUAACAGCAGAACAAGAAAACAGCCAUUUCAAACUACCAGAGCAGUCGCCUUCCUACUUUUAAUUGGCUUAAAUUGAAGAGCAGUUUCCCAGCGGACCAGCAUUGCUUUAACCUCUUCCUCUCCAGCUGAAUUGACAUAUGUCUUUCUGUUCCAGGAACAAGAUCACAAUGAUAGCCGAGCCUUUGGAAAAGGGUCUGGCUGAAGACAUUGAGAAUGAAGUGGUGCAGAUAACAUGGAACAGGUAUGGAGUUUGCUGAAGAGUUAACUGUGAUAGACAAGUAUACACACACACACACACACACACACACACACACACAUUUUCUUCGCCUUCAGACACUAGGAAGUUCACCUCAGCACCUUAAGAGAGGGACUUCAUCACUCUUGCUUGCAUAGGGCAUCCAUAUCUGAAACCUGCUAAUGCACAAAAUCAUAAGAAAGCCAGGCCUUUGGAGUCAGAAGAGACAAAGUACUUCUAUUAAAAAUAAGUUUAAAAAUAAACAAACCUACAUCUUGAUUAAGCAAGGCCCCACUUAUUGACCUAAAUGUUUUUAGUUGAUUAGCCAAUUAAUUUAAUAAACAUUACUGCCAUAUAAAACAGUUUAAUUACUUUAGAAUGGUUACAGUCAAGUUUCCAAUGGAAGCAGUACAUUCUUACUCAGGGGUCAGCAAACUUUUUCAGCGGGGGGCCGGUCCACUGUCCCUCAGACCUUGUGGGGGGCCGGACUAUAUUUUUUUUUGGGGGGGAGAACAAAUUCCUAUGCCCCACAAAUAACCCAGAGAUGCAUUUUAAACAAAAGGACACAUUCUACUCAUAUAAAAACAACACUGAUUUCUGGACCAUCCGAGGGUCGGAUUUAGAAGGCAAUUGGGCUGGAUCCGGCCCCCGGGCCUUAUUUUGCCUACCCAUUUUCUUACCUAAUAAAUGUGUACGGGGAAAGUAGACAAGUGUCUAUCAGAUUGAUUCAUUGCACAUUUGGAGAGGGGUUGGUGAGAAAGUUAAACCAGUUAGUACUUGAGUUCCUUCAAUGUUUGCAUAUCUCCUCCCUUUAGGAAAAAGUUGGGUGAGUUUUUCCAGACCAAAUAUGACUGGGAUUUGCUGGCCGCCCGUUCCAUCUGGGCCUUUGGGCCUGAUGCUACUGGACCAAACAUCCUGGUGGAUGACACCCUGCCCUCAGAGGUAAGGACCCCGCCAGAGAGAUUUGGGUUGGUUUUUAGCCUGCAGUGAUUAAAUGACUCUUACCCAGGACUGCUUCAGUUUUGCAGCCCAAGUAUCAAGAGAUUUCACAUCCAAGAAUUAUCAAAUCCUGUGAACCCUGAAAUAAAUUGUGCAAAUGAUGCUCAUGGAGAAUUGGGGUGGGGGAAUCACACGGCUUGGGACGCGGGUGGUGCUGUGGGUUAAACCACAGAGCCUAGGGCUUGCCUUUCAGAAGGUCGGCAGUUCGAAUCCCCGCGACGGGGUGAGCUCCCGUUGCUCGGUCCCUGCUCCUGCCAAGCUAGCAGUUCAGAAGCACGUCAAAGUGCAAGUAGAUAAAUAUUUACCGCUCCGGCGGGAAGGUAAACGGCGUUUCCGUGCGCUGCUCUGGUUUGCCAGAAGCGGCUUAGUCAUGCUGGCCACAUGACCUGGAAGCUUUACGCCAGCUCCCUCGGCCAGUAAAGCGAGAUGAGCGCUGCAACCCCAGAGUCGACCUAAUGGUCAGGGGUCCCUAUACCUUUAGCUUUAAUCACACGGCUUGGGAGAAGCUGUAUUUGUCUUCAGAAUUUCUCCCUAUGUGUUGCAAGCCAGUGGUCCAGAACGCUGGCAUGCUCUGCGCUCCACCCAGACAGACUCAUUUGAAGAAAGUCUUGGCUCGAGGCUAGACUAAGAGAUGACUCCCAUUUUGUCCCUUUCUCCUGCCUGCACAGAGAUGCAUGCAGGUCACCUGGUCUGCUGCACUGACAGAGCAAGCAGAUGUGAAAAAGGAAGGACACUCUGUCUGUAAAGCCUUUUAGCUCCAACUUCCUAAGAGACCUUGAACUGACCUCAUGGCUGUGUUUCACCACUCUCUCCCCUGCCUGUAAAUUUUCUGCAGAGGGAGCUUCAGUGCCACAUAUUUCAGUUCGCACACAGAGAUUAACUUCUCCUUGCUGCUACUGCUACUUCAGCUGCUAUGUGUGUUUUUCUUCUUUUACAGGUUGACAAAACCCUCUUGGGUUCCGUGAAGGACAGCAUCGUGCAGGGCUUCCAGUGGGGGACCAGGGAAGGGCCCCUUUGUGAUGAGUGUAAGUAAAAGAUCUAGAAAGAUUAACUUGUCCUGGGGAUUUUCAGAUCCAUCCCACCCAAACUGCGUUUUCUACCAAAAGUGAAACCGUCGCAUAUUAGUGGGUCUCAAAUGACAGUGACUCCAGACUUUUCUCAGCAGCAGCCUUGUGACUCGUGCCCAGAUUCCUCUAGGGAAAUGUGAACUUUUCCCAGAGAUUAAUCCAGAGUCCUUUCCUAAUUUGUUCUUAUUUGGACUGUGACUCUGGAAUGCACACAGAAAUUGGAGACAGAAGCAAACAGAGGUUUAGCUUGUGUUUGGUUUUAUCAGUGGUCAACGCGAUUCAAAAAAACCUUUGAAUAAUUAGGGGGCUUUUGAACUCUCUGUUGUACCUCAGAAAAAAAGACUCUAAGCAGCAGAAAGUUCACUUGUGUAAAUUUUAGAAUGUGAGGUUCAGCACAAAGGGCCUUCUGGAAGUUCCCUCACUGCAAGAAGUAAAGCUACGAGGAACCAGGCAGAGGGACUUCUCGGUAGUGGUGCCCACCCUGUGGAAUGCCCUCCCUUCAGAUGUCUAGGAGAUGAGUUACAACCUUUAGAAGACAUCUGAAGGCAGCCCUGUUCAGGGAAGUUUCUAAUGCUUGAUGUUUUAUUAUGCUUUUAUAUUUGUUGGAAGCCGCCCAGUGUGGCUGAGGCAACCUAGUCAAAUGGGCAUUGUACAAAUAAUAAAAUUAUUAUUAAGCUGAGACUCGCACAAAACAACAAGAAAAGGAUAUGGUUAAAGUCUCCUGCAAUUCCCUGGUAUAUGUCAGGGGCUGGACUGAGGAGGAAUGGUGGGGACCGCCCCACCCCCUUCUCCUGAACCUUCCCAAGAACAGGAGAGCAGUAUAGUUUUACAGCAGUGGUUUGCAGAAGGUCAGAGUUCAGAGGCUGCAGAGGGGAGAAGCUGGGAAAUAUUGGGAAAGGAACAGCAGGAAGAAGAAGAACCAGGGGAGGAGGCAGCUGACAGACUCAGUUUCUUUGAAAAGCAUUCCUGACGCCCCUCUCCCAGGACAAAGUGGGCAUUCAGAGUAGUAGAACAGAAAGCACAGAGGCAGAAAGCUCAGAUCAGCUGAUGCAGGGAUGACGUAUAAUAGGAGAGGCGGGGGUGGGGUUUUACUCAGAGCAUCGCCAUUAUUCUAAGGACUGCAUUCCUUUGUCUUUCUGUGUGAAUACUGAAUAAAUGACUUGGUAAGAACUCUUUUUGUUUAUCUGCUUCUUGGCUGCCCACUGUGGGAGGGAUCGGAGUCCCUGCAGCCUGAGCGUAGGCUUGCCAGCCAAAACCUUUCCAACCCCACGUCUCUCAUGGUAUCCCUUGCUUCCUUUCACCCCAGUGAUCCGCAAUGUGAAAUUCAAGAUCCUGGACGCUGUGAUUGCCCAGGAACCGUUGCACCGGGGAGGUGGGCAGAUCAUCCCAACAGCCAGGCGGGUUGUGUAUUCUGCCUUCCUCAUGGUAAGAACUGCCCUGCAGUGCCUCGCGUGUCCCCACUGCUGAGCAGCCCUAAUAAUAAUAAUAAUAAUAAUAAUAAUAAUAAAAUUUUAUUUAAUAAAAUUUUAUUUAUACCCUGCCCUUCCUGGUUCAAAAACCGGGCUCAGGGCAGCUAACAACAAAUUAAAAACACUUAAUUAUAAAAUCAGCAUAAAAUACAGUAUAAAAACAUGAAUAACUAUAAAAUUCAAAAAUCAAUUUAGGGGAAAUAAGCAUUAGAUAAUCACCAGGGUUAGCUGGCUGAAUUGGUCCUACUUGGGCCAGCAAGGAGACCAGGGGAGAAUUAGCUGUGGGGUCUCAGAGCGGAUGAUCUUCAUAAAAGGGGAGGGGAAGGGAAGGGAAGGGAAAUAAAAGAUCAGGCUGAAUUCAAAUUAAAGGCCAGGCGGAAUAGCUCUGUCUUACAGGCCCGACGGAAGGAGGUUAAAUCCUAGCAGAUUUUUCUCCUUUGAGGUUGUUCUUUUGGCACAGCUGACUAGCAGCAGCAGGGAAAUGGACGCAGUAACUGCAAAGGGAACUGCCUUUUUAGUUCCCUUGCCGCCUCUCUGAAAGAUAACUUGUCUCCUGUCCUCAUAAUGUGCAGUUUUUGGAAGUCUUCACUGUGCAAAAGGCACUUGGAGGCCAGUCCCCACCCCCCAAAUCUGACCAGGGCAUGUUUAUCAGUGCUGUCUGCUAAUAGCAGCAAUGGAGACAAGAAGGAGCUCCUGCACCCUGACGCUGCUGUCACCUGCUGAUGCUAAAGACUCCUCCCUUGUGUUCUCUUCAGGCCACCCCACGGUUGAUGGAGCCAUAUUACUUCGUGGAAGUCCAGGCCCCUGCAGAUUGCGUCUCUGCAGUAUACACGGUCCUGGCCAGGCGCAGGUGAGUGGCAGCCAUGUUGGUUAACUCCUUAGUUUCCGUGUUGCUUUAGGUUCAAAAUGCUCCCCUUUAGCUUGUUCUCGGAGAUCUGUUGCCUGCCGACAUUUGGUGGAAAUUCAGCUGUUGAAAUGUGUAGUCCGAAAUACAGUGGUACCUCGGGUUAAGAACUUAAUUCGUUCUGGAGGUCCAUUCUUAAACUGAAACUGUUCUUAACCUGAGGUACCACUUUAGCUAAUGGGGCCUCCCGCUGCUGCCGCCGCCGUGCGAUUUCUGUUCUCAUCCUGAAGCAAAGUUCUUAACCCGAGGUACUAUUUCUGGGUUAGCGGAGUCUGUAACCUGAAGCGUCUGUAACCCGAGGUACCACUGUAAUAGUAGGAAAGCGGUUGGGUGUCCUUUUCUUGUCUGCAUGAAGGAAGAGGAGAUGGGGCUGCCGUUUUUUGGUUUCCUCCAUAAUAGCUCAUUCUGACCUGAGUACCAAAUACUGGGGUCAGAUAGGAUGCUUUUCUCCACCCUGCCUUGCUUGUGACCUUCACUGGGCAUCUUGAUGCUGGAGACGGUGUCUUGUGCUGGUCUGCCUCAGAUGCUUACAUUCCUAUUCUUUCUCCCCCAGAAAUACCAAACAUCCCAUUUCAGUUCUGUGUUUUACUACAUGUGUUGUAACUGCAUAGCUGUGCUUGUGAGUCUUUCCUCUUUGCCCACUUCUCUGCUGAAACUUGCCAUCUUCCUUUGCCCCCCCACCCCCCCCCGGGGCAAGUCUCCUGAGUUGGGAUUGGGGCAUUUUGGCAAGCAAUCAAGGGGGAAACUAAUGUCUUUUUUUUCUUUUGCAGAGGCCACGUGACCCAAGAUGCACCAAUCCCAGGUUCCCCUCUGUACACCAUCAAAGCCUUCAUCCCAGCUAUUGACUCCUUUGGGUUUGAGACAGACCUCAGGACACACACCCAGGGACAGGCAUUCUCACUGUCUGUCUUCCACCACUGGCAAGUAAGUGGCACAGGGGCUUGUUGGUAGAUAGCAAAGGAAGAGGCCAGCGCUCCAAGUCUCAAGCUUUGCAUUUGAUUUCCCAGGCUGCCAAGUUCUUUAAUUCAUAGGCAGGUUCUCCCCUGUGCGAGCAGCAGGAAGUCCGCCUAAUUUGAACUGUGUUCUCCUUGCACCCCAUAUUCUUUGUCAAGAAAAGGUGAAUUCUGGAAGUGGAAGGCGCAGGCAGAAUAUAAAAUGGAAGAAAGGUAUAAAGAGGUGUGGGAUAUAGCUAUUAAUGAUAAAUUAACAUGUGCCAUUAAGGUAGGACAGGGAAUAGCAGGAGAAAUUAUUUUGAGGAGAUACGGAAGGUGUGUGUAGAAAUUGCACUGUUAAAACGGAAAGGGGUCAAACCAUCGCAAGAGGUGUUGAAAUUUUGGGAGGGUGGAUAGUUACAAUGGAAUGGUCGUGGGGUGCACAUUUUUAUUCUUAUUUAUGAUUAUUACUUUGUUAAAAAAAUUAAGGAUGUAAAAAGAAAAAUUGAAUUCUAUAUCCUGCUUUAUAUAUAUUGGCACAUUUGCUUAUUUUGCAUACAUUCUGCUUUUUUGCAGCAAUUUAUUCCACUUAAGGGAGGGGGGUAAAAAAGCAGUGUGCAGCACUGAAGUCCUUACCUCCUUAUCUCUGUGGCUAGGGGAAGGUCCUUUGCAACCUGCCCCACUGCUUUUCUCCUGCCUCUUUUGUCCUUGUGAAGAUGUUGGCAGCAGUGGAAGAGCGUGAUGCUUCCUGCAGCCUGGGCUGCAAAUAUUUCAAACCUUGUGUCGUCAUAACCCCUCUGGACAGGCCUUUCCUGCUUCCUUCUGUCUUUCUCCAUUCCUGUGAUCCAUAUAAAUAGCUGGUUGAUCCCGUUUUUAGAAAGGCCCUUUUUUAGAUGUAAAACAGUAAGAGGUUGCGAGGCUGUGGUGUGAUAUAUGAUGUGGAGAAUGCUGUUCAGAGUGGGGGGGGGUGGUCCCCUUUAUGGUCCCUUCCAGGUCUGUAAGUCUAUUAAAAUGACUUCGGUGAUGCUCUGGAAGCCUCCCAAGAUUUCCACUUAACCUGCCAUGUGAAUCAUGGAUAUUUGUGGAUUCUCUGUGCGCCUAGGAAUCCAAGGUACUUAAAAUUCCUUAACACACACUGUGUGCUCCUUACAUUUCAGAUUGUGCCUGGUGACCCCUUGGACAAGAGCAUUGUGAUCCGACCUCUGGAGCCCCAGCCAGCCCCACAUCUGGCCAGAGAGUUUAUGAUCAAAACCAGGCGCAGGAAGGUAAGUCUUAUGGUUAGGGUUUGCCUCCGCUGGCCUCUGCAGCUCUUGCCCUGCAAUGAAGCAUAAAAACACACACACCUCCUCUUGCUUCCAGUCUAAUGCUUUGACAUCCUAUUCUCCCCCAGGGGCUAAGUGAGGACGUGAGCAUCAGCAAGUUCUUCGACGAUCCUAUGUUGCUGGAGCUGGCCAAACAGGAUGUGGUGCUGAACUACCCCAUGUGAUCAGGCUGCCCCCACUGGGCAACAGCAUUUUCCCAGGCAAGACUCCAGUAUCCUCCUCCUUGCCAUGUUAACUUCCUGUGUGUAAGACAUUGCUGUGUGUCUUUCAGUGCUGCAGUCCUGCUGCCAUAGCAGCUGUUUGCCACAGAAGUUUUGCGUUGUCAAGGCAGGCUCCCUGCCAUGUUGUGAACAAACUCCACUGAUCCUUUUGCCUUCUCUUGGCCAGGCUUCAGAUUUGCCAAGUAUGUCUUGUAUAUCCCCCAAAGCCUGCCUCUGUGAGGAGAACUCGGUGUCUUGGGAGACUUGAUCCUUGAGUCCUCUUAAGCUUCCCACAGUGAUCCUCUUUUCCCUAAUAAAAGCAGCUUUUUUAUUUUUGUUUCCAAAACAUUUCUCCACACUGUGCUCAUCCAUCCUCCUCCCAAGCAGCACUGGCAGAGCUGAUCAAAUAUUUUUGGGGAUUGUAGCCUUUCCCAGUCAGACUGAAUUGUGACUUCAUGCUCUGCCCCCUGAUGGAGAGGUGAUUCCUUGCCAACCAGUUCCUGUUUGGAUGGCGAAAAGGGGCAAGAACCCACCCCAAACACUUGGCUAUUUAAAAUUCUCUGCAAGUGAACAUGUGCUGCCAUCCCUGUACAAGCUUCGGCAGAGGCCCCCUCCUUUCGGUGAAGCUGCCAGCAUUCUGAAGUUUGAUUUUGUCCAUUUGAUUGGGUGUUUGGCAUGGAGGGGGGCCAGGAGUGUACAGAGAAUAAAUAUUUUUUACUUAAUUGUAAUAGGUGACGAUAAAAGCAUUCUGGUCUAGUUCUUGGUUCUGCUCUGUGCCUGUUGGUGUGAGUGAAUGAGUGAGAUCUACUGCGCAUGUGUUGUCUGCUCUCUCUCCUCUUCCUGCCCCUGCCAAGCUUCCUUGGAAAUCCUACAUGUCCACUUCAAAGUGUUUUGACCCAGUUCUUGAGUUUUGUUAGCAAUCUCUUCCAAAUUAGAAGGAUUUUGCAGAGGCCUUCUGCUGAGUCAGCCUUCCUAGCCCAGUACAUGCAGGUCUCACUAUCCCAGUGGUGUCCAAACUUUUUUCAAAGAGGGACAGAUUUGAUGAAGUGAAGGACCCUGAGGGCCAACCAAAGUUGUUAUCCUUUUUUUGAAGUUGUUGAGCUUUUUGUAUGAUUUUACCCCAAGAAAUGGGACGUGGGAGGCGCUGUGGGUUAAACCACAGAGCCUAGGACUGGCUGAUCAGAAGGUCGCGGUUCGAAUCCCCGCAACGGGGUGAGCUCCCUUUGCUCGGUCCCUGCUCCUGCCAACCUAGCAGUUUGAAAGCACGUCAAAGUGCAAGUAGAUAAAUAGGUACCGCUCCGGCGGGAAGGUAAACGGCAUUUCCGUGUGCUGCUCUGGUUUGCCAGAAGCGGCUCAGUCAUGCUGGCCACAUGACCCGGAAGCUGUACGCCGUCACAACCCCAGAGUCGGCCACAACUGGACCUAAUGGUCAGGGGUACCUUUACCUUUACCUUUACUAUGCCCCAAGGCCACAAAAUAGAAUUGGGAAUAAAUUUAGAGGAAUAACAUGAUUGCUAACUCCUUCAUUGCUUGUCUGUAGAUGUGAGAGAACUAGAAGUACCAACAGAAGGGAAUUUUACAGGGAGACAGAGAAACAGAGAACAAACAAGCUAUACUCACUCCCUCGGCCAAUAAAGCGAGAUGAGCACCGCAGCCCCAGAGUCGGCCACGACUGGACCUAAUGGUCGGGGGUCCCUUUACUUUUACCCCACAAAUAAACUGCCCCAGGGGCCGGAUUGAAUUGACCGGCAGGCCGGAUUAGGCCCCCAAAAUGGGCUUUGGACAUGCCUGCAGUCUCCAAACAAAAAUUAUACAAAAAUUCACUUAUCCAAACAAUGAGGAAUUCGUAUCCAAGCCUCAUUAUACAAACCACAGAUUCAGUGGUACUGGACCUGCACGUAGUAAUGUAAACAAAUAAGCAGACUUAAACAAGUCUUAUUUUAUUGUGUUUUGCUUGUUUGUCACCAGACACCAUGGUGAGCAGGAAGGAUCAGAAAAAUAAGAGAGGAUUUUUCCUUCCUUGUUUGCCUUUUGCAAGGUUUCAGAUGAGAUUUUUCAUCAUUUGGGGGUCAAAAUUCCGUGGCUGGGAACACAUUGGAAAAAUUUCCCAUAGGAACCCAUGGAAAUUGUUGGCUCAUUAUGCAAACGCUCACCUGACAAAUGAUUUCCUGAGAACAUGUCGCGUUCAGAUGGCGAGACUUGCGUAUACUGUCUGCUCUGAAUUACAGCAGCUCCCCAGGCACUGCUUUUAACUCGGAAGUUAGGGGUGAGCCUUGAGAUGACACCAACAAAUUGUUCAGGGUGGCAGGAACAAAAAAUGAUGGUUGCCGUGAGCUCCGAAAGUAUCUCUUCAAACUGGGUGAAUGGGAAGUGAAAUGGCAAAUGCAAUUCAAUGUAAGCAAAUGUAAAGUCAUGCACAUUCAGGAAGAAACCCUAACUUCACAUACGGGAUCUGGGCUGAUCAUGGACUAUCCAGGAGAAAAAUCUUCCUUUGUGUAAUGGGUCGCUCGAUGGAAAUGACCCAAGUGUGGAGCUGCUGUGAGAGAUCUGAAUUCCGUGUUACAGAUAGUGAGGAAAGGGAUUGGAAAUAAAACUGCAAAAUAUCAUAAUGCUAUGAUACAAACCACACUUGAAAGUUCUGGUUACUAUACCUCUAAUUGGAUAUUGUAAAAGUGAUAAAGGCUCAUAAAAGGACAACCACAAUAAGGGGGUUGGAACAGCAGCUCCCCUAUGAGAAAUAAUAAUAUUUAUUUAUUUAUAUGCCACCAAUCUGACUAGGUUGCUUCCAGCAAAUUAUAAAACCACAGUAAAACAUCACACAUUAAGAACUGCCUUCAGGUGUCUUCUAAAAAUCAGGCAGUUGUUUAUUUUCUUGACAUCUGAUGGGAGGGCGUUCCGCAGGGCGGGUGCCACUCACGAGAAGGCCCCUCUGCCUGGUUCCCUGUAACCUUGCGUCUCACAGUGAGGGAACCGCCAGAAGACCCUGGGAGCUGGAUCUCAGUGCCUGGGCUGAAGGGUGGGGGUGGAGACACUCCUUCGGGUAAAAUAUUACACCAUUUGGCACUUAAAAGUUUAGAAGGAAAGGCAAGUAUAGCAGGAAACGGAUGUAUAAAAAUCAAUACAAAAGUGGGCAGGGAGCAGAUAUUCCUUCCUCUUCAAAUACUUCAAUACUCCCUCUCCCUGCCCCAUGCAAUUCUUUGCAUUUCUACCGCACAGCAAAAAAAGUCUACUUCUGUUUCUGUGGCAUUUCACUAGUUGGGUGUGGAUUUAUAUUCCUCCAUGUCUCUGCUUUAUAAAAGCACUUAGCCAGCCCUGUCAUCUUCUAUUAAUUUUCCCUACUCUUGGAAUAUCACAUUUCCAGAAGGUCUGCUGAAAAUAUUUGUCUUGUCUACAAAUGUACACAUGCAGAAAUAUAUCAAUGUUCAAAGAAACGUUUAUUCGAAUGAAUAAUGCCUUUGUAAGCCAUCUUACCAAAUAUGUGCAUUUUAAUGCCUUUUCAAGCAAGGUAAUUUUUAAAUUGCAUUUAAAAUAGUGACAUUAGAUGUUAAUAUUGCCCUUAAUACAUAUACAGGACAGAGCUGCUAUAAAAUGUGCUUAGGUGCAGAGGUAAUCUU